AUGUUUAUUUUGGCAAAGGUUCAAGGAAGAGAAUUUGAAUUUCCCAAACCACCACCUAAAGCUGAAGCUGAUAAUACCAUAGAUCAAUCAGAAGAUACUUCUGAGGAGACUGAAAAUUCAGUGACUAAAGAUACUGUAAAAACAGUGGAUAAAAAUAUCGAAAAUGCUAAGAUUAAAGAUUCUUAUAGUAUGACUGAAGGCCUAACAAUCGAGGCUCUAGCCCGACUUUUGUGGGUAGUCGGAGGCCCGAUUGAUGAGAUUGACGAAUAUCGUAUCCAAUGA